UGUCAAAAACAUGUACAAUGUUGUCUGAAUUGAAUAGGUUAAUUUCGUCAAUUAUUAUGGUUUAAAUUUUUAUGUUUAUUUAAAUUGCAAUUUCCAUUACAUAUGGUGUUGUGGAAUGGUAAAUGAAUAUUUACACUAAUUCAUAGACUUAACUGAAAUAGUCUAAUAGUGAAAAAUGUCUAAAAAUAAAUUAUUUGAAGAAGAUUCCGACGAAGAAGUUUCAUUUAAAACUGAAAAUGAAUACGCAAAGAAAUACGACGCAUGGCGCGAAAAGGAGGAAAUGCAUAAAUUGGAACAGAAGUAUGGUUCAAAAGCAUUAGACGGUAAUGCAUCGGCAACAUCUGACAGUGAAGAUGAAAGUGAUGAGCAGCUGGAAGUCAAUGAGGAAACGGAGAAACAGUUCCUCAAAACCCUUGCACUGCUAAAAACUAAAGACCCAAGGAUAUAUGAUACAAAUUAUACAUUUUUUGAUGAUGAGGUGAAAAAAGAAACAGAAAAGGAGACCAAAACAAAAACGUUGACAUUUGCUGACAGUGAUGAUGAUGAUGAUGAGAAUGACGGCAAUAUAUUUAGUAUUGAGAAGAAAUGCGAAGUUAAUGUGGAGAAUAAUGGAGAAGAUGACAAUAGAAAAAAUCAAAAGGGUGGCAAACUAAAGGACUACCUAAUUGGUAAAGCCAAGCACAUAGAUGAUGAAGCCGAGAAAGAUUUGGAACCCCUGAAGGCAUUGUGGUCAGAUCCCAAAUUGAAUGAUGGUGAAGCUUUCCUCAGAGACUACAUACUAAAUAAGAAAUAUUUAGACGAUGGUGAUAUUGGUGACGCUGCAGAGCAGAUGCGUGACGAUGAAGACCUAGAAGCUGAUGAGAAGAUGGUGGAAGAGCAGGGCAAGUUUGAGAGGGCCUACAACUUCCGGUUCGAGGAACCUGAUGAGGAAUAUUUGAAAAGAUUCCCGCGCACAAUGAACUACAUCCGGCCCAAGGAUGACCGGCGCGCACGGAAACGAGCUGAAGUGCGCACCCGCAAGGAAGAGGAGAAGAACAAGAAAAUGGAAGAGAUCGCGCGGCUGAAGGCGCUCAAACUGAAAGAGAUACAGGAGAAGAUCGCUAGGAUCAAAGAGGUUACGGGAAAUGAAGAUCUCGCCUUUGAGGAGCAAGACAUCGAGGGUGACUUCGACCCUGAGGAACACGAUCGCCGCAUGCGCGCAUUGUUCGACGAAGAAUACUACGGAGAAGCAGAUACGGAGAAACCAAGAUUCCCCGACUUGGAUGAAGAACUUGAGAUUGAAAACUGGGACAAAUAUGAGACAGACAAUCAAGACGAACAAAAGUACGGUGAUGCUGUACCACAUUGUGAAGAUGAUGAUUUCAAUAUGGACGCCGAUUAUGACCCGAAACAAGCCAGAGCGAACCUCCUUGAAGAAAUCCAACAGAGUUUGGUUAAAAAACGUCGCAAUCGGAAGCGAAAAUCCAAGCUUCACCAUCUUCUUAACGUGAAGAAACCCAAGUUUAUCCCAACUACAGCGGAGAAAACAUAUGCUGAGUAUAUGGAUGAGUAUUACAAGAUGGACUGUGAGGAUGUUAUAGGCGGUGAUCUGCCCACUAGGUUUAAAUACAGAGAAGUCGUGCCGAAUGAUUAUGGAUUGACUAUUGAGGAGAUUCUGCUAGCAGACGACAAAGAACUGACACAGUGGGUGCCUCUGAAGAAGAUAGUGAAGCACCGACCGGAAAACGUGGAGCGAGGAGAGGUGAAGACGUAUGCACAACGCGCACAGGACCAUCGCCUUAAGAAAAAGAUGCUGCCCAGCUUGUUCCAGGACUUACCUGAGGAGCCAGAAAUCGUAGUGCCUGUCCAAGAAGGCACUAAAAAGAAGAAAAAGAAAAAGGGUAAAAAUAAAGAUGUAUCUCUUGAAGAAAGUCAACAGGAUGACAAAACUAAUGAUGUCAAUGUAUCUAAUUCUGAUAGAGGUGCUAAUGAUAAUGAAUCUGAGAAUGACAAUAAACCUAAUAAUGUUACUACAUCUAAUUCUGAUAAACAUAGUAAGAAAAAGAAAAAACGUAAAGAAAAAGUUGCUGAAGAAACUGGAAAGGAACUCGUAGAAAAUAAUGAUGUAGAAAAAAUAAAUGAUUUUAGUAAUUCAAAUCAAAAUUUAACAGAUGUUAAUGAUAAACUACAUAAUGGAAAUGAUAAACGAAAGAAAAAGAAUAAGAAACUUAGCAACAGUUUUAGUGAUAAUAUUCAUAUAGAAACCAUGAAUUCUAAUGAAAAAGUGAAAAGUAAAAAGAAACGUAAGGAUGGAUUUAUUGUGGAAUCCAUAACUAAUGUAGAGCCUAGUCAAGUAAGUAAUGGCACGAUAUUAGAUACACCACGAAAAAAUGAUAUUAAAAAUGAAAGUGGCACUUUAAAACGUAAACUAGAUUCAAAUACAAAUAAUCAGGUGCCAAAUAAAAAGAAAAAGAAGAAAAAUAAACAGACAGAGCUUCCAAAUAAAGACACAUUGAAGAAGGAAUUUAAUAACAAGAAAUCGAAGAAAAAUAAAUUCAAAAAUGAACAGACGCAAAAUAAGUCACCACAGAAUCCCCUUGGCAAAUUGUCGGAUGAAAGGCUAAAAGCGUAUGGAUUAAAUCCUAAGAAGUAUAGAAGUUUCUUGAAAUAUAAGAAAUUUUAAACUAUCGCAAUAUUUGCUAUAUUAUAUAUGUUUAUAAAAUGAACUUGUAAA